AUGUUGACGCAGAGAGUCAAGCUACAGCAGCUAAUACGGGCUAUACCAUUAGAACAGCGCCAACGAACAUAUGCUGUGAGUAAUGCAUUAAACGUAGCGGAAAAUGAGACAAACGUAGGGAAGCCUAUUGGAUGGGACCAGGCGCGGCCAUACAAUGAGAUACCCAAGGUUUCCCUGUUUUACUUCAUGCGCCAUUUGAUGCCCGGCGGAAAAUACUAUAAAAAACAGUUUCCAGAGAUUAUGUUGGACAUGCGUCGUCAGCAUGGUCCUCUCUUUAUAUUGCCCAGUUUGGGACCAUAUGAUUUUCUUGUAUCGAACGAUCCGCAACACUUUGAACAGGUCCUGCGAGCCGAAGGACCCUGGCCGGAGCGUCCAGGGAGUCACGUAUUGCACUAUUUUCGAACAGUGACACGAAAGGAAUUUUACAAGGACACCCCAGGAAUAUUAACAACUCAAGGUGAGGACUGGGCGAAGUUCCGAUUUAGUGUUAAUCCAGUAAUUAUGCAACCGAAAACUGUUCGUCUGUACUAUCAAAAAAUGUCAGCAGUUAACAAAGAGUUCAUUCAGCGAAUACGAGAGAUUCGCGACAGCACCACAUUUGAAGUUCCCGAAAACUUUGAAGAGGAGAUCAAUCGAUGGACUCUUGAAUCCGUUUCGGUGAUAGCUCUGGACAAGCAAUUGGGAUUAAUAAAUGCCAAUCGCAGCAAUCCCCAGGCAAAGAAGCUUUUUGACGCACUCAAUAUAUUCUUUGAACUAUCGGGUGAACUUGAAUUAAAGCCAACGAUUUGGCGUUACAUUGCCACGCCCAAAUUCAAGAAGCUUAUCAAAGUCCUAGGCGAAAUCCAGGAUAUAACACUAGGCUAUGUAAGCGAAGCUAUCGAGCGACUAGAACGCGAGCCCUCCAACAAACCGGACCACGAAAAAAGUGUACUCGAGAAACUUUUGAAAACUGACCAACAGAUAGCAAGAGUUAUGGCUGUAGACAUGCUGAUAGCAGGUGUAGAUACGACAACAACCGUGUUUACAGGUGUCCUUCUGUGUCUGGCUAAAAAUCCGGAGAAGCAAGCGAAAUUGCGUGAGGAAAUUCGUAAAAUUUUACCAAACAAGGAUUCCGAAUUCACAGAAGCCUCUAUGAAGAAUGUCCCAUACUUGCGGGCCGUUAUCAAGGAAUCGCUGCGCCUUUAUCCCUUAACAUUGGGCAAUGCUCGUGUGCUCAAAUCAGACAUUGUGCUAAAUGGAUACCAGAUUCCCAGCAAAACAGCGGUCACGAUGAUGUCCACUGGCUUGCUCACCGAUGAUGAGCACUAUCCCAGAGGUAAAGAAUUUUUGCCCGAGCGAUGGCUGCGACCGAGCAAAGAAGAAGCUUCAAGUGGGGAGUGCCCACACGCCCUUAAAGCGAGCAGCCCAUUUAUUUACUUGCCCUUUGGUUUUGGCCCACGCAUGUGCAUUGGAAAGCGUAUUGUCGAAAUGGAGUUAGAAUUGGGAAUCGCACGACUUAUUCGCAACUUCAAUAUUGAGUUUAAUUACCCCACGGAAAAUGCAUUCAAGAGUGUUCUAAUAAAUGUUCCCAAUAUACCUCUGAAAUUCAAAUUUACGGAUGUAAAAGACUAAAAUAUUACAUUAAUAUAUAAUAUUGUGCUAU